AUGGGUAUGGGUAAUCCCUCUACCGCUCUUAGGGUGAAGUGGCUUUGGAUCCUCCUGGUGGUUUUAUGGUGGGCGGUAAGCGGUGCUCGGAGUGAGGGCUUGACGAAUGGUGGGAGAAAGGAUGACGGGAAGGCGAAGAGGCCGGAGUUCUUCUUUGAGUCCGGCUCGGGCUGGAGCGGUGGUGGUGGUUUCAGGGGAGGCGGUUCGAACGGUUGGAGUUUUGGGCAUUCGUCUAGUUUCGGUGAUGGCAGGCGUUUUAGCUUUGGGAAGCCUAUGCUGGGAGAGAUGCGAGUGGGGGUCGGCAAGGGAAGGCUUAAGGACUGUGUUGGUAGGGGAGGCGCUGGUGGAGGUGGUGGAGCUGGCGGUGGAGCUGGUGGUGGGAUCGGUGGGGGCGUUGGUGGAGGGGGGGGAGCUGGCGGCGGCAUUGGUGCGGGUGGUGGUGGAAUUGGUGGUGGCCACGGAGCCGGUGGCGGAGUUGGUGGAGGGAUUGGCCGAAGUGGUGGUGGGAUCGGAGCAGGUGGAGGAAUUGGUGGUGGCAUUGGCAAAGGUGGGCAUGGGGGCGUCGGAAUAGGUGGAGGUGCCGGUGCUGGAGGCGGGAUUGGUAUAGGUGGUGGUGGCACUGGCGUGGGCGUCGGGGUAGGUGGCGGAGUCGGGGUUGGAGUUGGUGGAGGUGGUGGUGCUGGUGCAGGCGGUGGCAUUGGCGUUGGUGUUGGUGUUGGCGUUGGUGUUGGUGUUGGUGCUGGUGGUGGAGCUGGUGGUGGGUUUGGUGGAGGCGGUGGCAUUGGUGGUGGUGCCGGAGGAGGAGCUGGCGGUGGUUUUGCUGGAGGAGGUGGUGGUACAGGAGGCGGAGGUGGAGUUGGUGUUGGUGGAGGAGGUGGUUCAGGUGGUGGAACUGGUGGCGGGUUUGGUGGAGGAGGCGGAGCUGGGCACGAGAUUGGUGUCGGAGCUGGUGGAGGAGGUGGUGCAGGCGUUGGCAUUGGUGGUGGAGUUGGAGGAGGAGGUGGAAUUGGUGGUAGUGGGGCAUUUGGGAAGGGUAGUCAUCAUCGUUGCAAGGGAUGUAAAAAGAACCGUCAUAAAGGAAAGGGUGAGAAAGGUAUUGGCGGUGGACAUGGCGGAGGUGGAGUGGGUGGUGGAAUUGGAGGGGGCGCAGGUGGAGGUGGUGGAGUGGGUGGCGGUGGCGGUGGUGGUGGACAUGGCGGAGGUGGUGGAGUGGGUGGUGGAGUUGGAGGGGGCGCAGGUGGUGGUGGAGGUGGUGGCAGCUCUCUCAAGAAACAUGAUGCUUUGUUCAAGAAGCCAUGA